CUUUACAUGUAAUCAUGGUCAUCCCGAGUGUGUGUCAAAUCGCCUCCACGGUGAUCCGGCUAAUAGAGCCGACCGUUAUGCUCGAGGAGCUGGCCAGCGCUCUCUUCGACACCGCCCUGCAGGUAGUGGUCAAAGACCGGUCUGCCAACGCCACCAACCCGGACACCUCCAGGGAGGAGAGCCAGCAGAGAGCCAUGACCAACUUCUACAUGACCUAUAACCUCAUAAUCCAUCUGACUCCGAUCCUACCCGCGCUGAUUCUGGCCAGGCUAGGCGACCGAGGCUGGAGGAAAGCCCCGAUCGUGGUGCCUCUGUGCGGGUACCUGCUGUCAAGGAUCAUCCUGCUGCUAGUGGUUCUCCUGCACCUCCCUCUGAAGGUGAUGUUUGGGGCGGCGACUAUCUUCGGGUUGUCCGGCGGCUACUGCGCGUUCUGGCCCGGGGUGAUGACGCUGGUGUCGCUCUCCUCCACCACGACUGAGCGAUCCAAGGUGAUCAUGAGAGUGGAGGUGCUAUAUGGGGCAGCAGGUAUAGUGGGCAGUUUGGUGUCGGGUCAUCUGUUCCAGCUGUACAGCUCCACUCUGGGACAAGGGACCAUCCUGCUGAUUGUGAGCGUAGUGCUCCUCUCGCUCAGCCUCCUACAAUCCAUAUUCCUGCUGCAGGUGAAACAAAUAUCCAGAGAGGCGGAGGACAACUGCCACCUCAUUUCUCAGGCCUCCAGUAACGUUCCCGCCGAGGCUCCUGUUGUGAAAAACAUGGUGAACGUGGUUCUGCUGCUCGUCGCCGCCAUCCUGUACGGCACCUCGGUGGGCGGAGCCGUAGAAGUACUGGGCUCCUUUGUGAUGAAAGAGCCGCUCAGCUGGAACGCCAUGCAGGUGGGUUAUGGGAACGCUGCAGGCUGCUCGAUCUUCCUCACCAGUUUCCUCGGCGUCAUCUUGUUUCGUCGCUGCAUCAACGACGUAGGGCUCAUCCUGAUCGGCAUGGUGUCGUUCGCCUCGGGGAUGUACUUCAUGACCUUCGUCACGGCGACUUACAUGUUCUAUCUGGCUCGCUUGCUCACCCUAUUCGCUCUCAUCCCGAUGCCCACCAUCAGAUCUCUGCUCUCACAGCAGGUUCCAGCUUCCUCAUGUGGCAGAACUCUCACUGUCCUACAGUUGUGUCUGACGUUCGCCGGCAUGGCGUACAUCCCUGCCUUUACUAAGAUCUAUCAGGGAACCCUGAACUGGCUCCCAGGCUUCGUCUUCCUGCUGUCCAGCAUCUUGGCAGUACUGGGAAUGAUACCCGUCAGUAUUGUCGGCUACAGAUCACCUCAGAAGCAACCUUACGAGAGGAUUCAGGGAGACUGAGGCAGUGACAUCAUCAGCGUCCGAAAGUGAGUGUUGGCACGAGGAACAAAAAGGAAAAAAACGAAGAACUGAGACAAGACGUGGAAUAGAGAAAAGGAGAAUGGUGCCCUUAAUCACUUCUUAUAAACUCUGCAGGAAAGUAUUUCUUGUACUUCAGCUAUGACAGAGGGGACAAACUGCAAGUUUCAUAUUUACGUGACAGAGGAACAUGCAGUCUAUUGUAAUAAGGCCUGUGUAGAGAGAUGACGUACACUGACAGAGGGCACUGCCUGAGAAUAUCUCAUAACAUUAUUAAAAGUAGUUGAACUUUUCACGAAGAUGGAGGUAAACAUCAUCUUCCAAAAGAUUUCCAAUAAAUUUCAUCAGCCAAGGAAAAGAGUCAUGUCCACAACGACACACCCAAGUGAGUGAGUUCAACAUAAUGAAAACUGUCGAUGUGCCAGACAUGAGAAGUGAACACCACAUAAACCACACCAAGUUUGCACCCUUGUGUUUGUUCAGUUGAGGAUGUUUCACACUUGCGUUGUGAAAGUGCAUUACAGUAUUUAGUAGAUUCCCUGCAACUGUAAUUUUUUUUGUUCAUCCGAACAUGAAAGAUUUAAAAUAAUUCAUCUCAACACAAUAACUACUCAGAAAUCAUCUCUAAAACUUGGUAAAAAAAAAAAAAAAAGUUUAUCAAGUUUAUCAUUUGUAGUUCUCAUAUUUCUACUGAUGUCUUUUAAUUUAGAGACACUUUGCAAACGGACGCAAAUCAAAAUGCAAGCACUUUAUCAUAUUUCUGAGUGUAAAUAAGAGUUACCUGCUGACUUUCACUCCUGCAAGUCAGAAAAUGCUGACAGAAUGAAAAAAAGUGACAUUUUUUACAUUGGUUAUAAGUUUGGUUUUGGUUUUUUAUGAUAUUGUUCUUUGUUUUUUAGUCUUGUGAUGAUUUAUUUUACAUCAUUACACCUUUACUCACAUCAGCAUUUUGUCUUUGUCUCUGGUGCUGUUACUUUUAUACAGUUGAGGGUUGAUUUAUUAUUUUUGGGAUUUGCUUGUAAAGCUUUUUGAACUGCACUGACAUGUUUUAAAGGUACUUUCUAUGGUUUGAUUCAGGUUUGACAUAUUGUUUAAAUUCCAGCUUGUGUGAUUUUCUGAUUGACAGCCAUAUUGCACAUCUAUCAAAAUAUUACCAUGAUUUUAAUAUUAUUUAAAGAUGUAAAAAAAGAAAAACAACAUGGUACAAUACAAUAGUGGAUCAAAAGAGAGAUUAUUAUUUUAUUUUAAAUAAUAAUCAUAUCAAGUAUUGCACUAUUAUUUGUUGGCACUUUACAAAGCUUUUUAAACCUUAACUACAACUUAUGUUUGUAUAAAGGUUUAGGACAAAAGGAAAUAUUGAUAGUAAUGAGCCACCAAGCUGCCAUUGAGUUAUAUAAAAGUCAUGUUUUCUUUUUAAUUCCAACAUUCCUGAAAGAGGUUUUACAGUAUUUACUUUGAUUUAGUUCAUACAGAACUAACUGGAUGUAUUGUGUUGUGAAAUUCACUGUAAUUAUGAAAUUAAAAUUU